CUUUCGCAGACAUUCCACUGAGUACAGACCACAAUCGGCCGUGGGCUAAUCGGAUUGAGUUCAGAAUUUCAGUCUUCAGAGUUCAGAUUGUCUUCGAAUUUUCGUGCCCAUCAUCAAGUUUCAUGAUAUGAUAAUAAUUGGUUAAAUAAUUAACAUUUUAACAACAACAAUAAAAAUGCACGAAAAACAAUGUCUGUUGACGUUGACCAUACUAUUCCACAUAACAGCGUACGGUUUUGUUGCUGCCGGAUCGCCGACUGGUGUGUACAUGGACAAUGGUGUCCAGACAGUCAAGCAAGAUUUCAUGUCAGUUGAGGAGCGUAACGAAGUUGAACAAGAGAUACUGACCAUGUUUGGUGUGCCGAAAAUACCACGAAAAUCUCCAAAGAACCUGGAUGGUUCGGCACCACAGUUUUUGUUUGAUGUCUAUAGAUCCAUACAACAAGAUGGUUUGCAUGACAGAAAAGAAAGAAGUGUUUCGGAUGUAGGUCAAUACGAUGAUCGUACCGUUCAAGACAGUGAUGUCAUAGUCACACUAUACCUAUCAAAUCAUUCUCCAGUUAGUAAUGUUCGGCACGAACAUGGUAAACGGAUUUUAUUUGAAUUAAAUGAUAUACCACCUGAAGAAACUCAUAUGAUUACUUCUGCUGAAGUUCAUUUAUACCAAUCUGGUAGUUUAAGUAGUGUUAAGAAGUAUUCAGUUACUUUGUAUCAAGUUUUAAUUACAAAAGAUGGAGAAAAAGAAUUAGAAUUUGUGGAUACCCAAAACACAACAACAGAUUAUGAUGGAUGGCUUCGAUUUAAUGCAACUGGUGCUUUAGUUUCAUGGACCCAUUAUUUAUACCCCAAUAGAGGAUUAUAUGUUUCUGUACAUUCUCAUGAUAAUGAAGAUCAUGAAAUCAAACCAGAAGAAAUUGGUAUGGUGACAUGGGCUGAUAAACAUCAAUUGUCUGAAGCAAAAAAACCAUUUAUGGCUGUUUAUUUGAAGUCCAGAAAUGGAGGUAAUAUAGUUGGUGGUCCUUCUCUUCAAAAACAUUAUAGAAGAAGAAGAAGGAAAACUAUUGAAAGUAGUUACAACUCAAACCCAUUUCAAAACAUAGCAGAAGGAUUUCAAUCUAGAAGUUGUCAAAUACAAACAUUAUACGUUAGCUUCAAAGAUCUUGAAUGGCAGGAUUGGAUAAUAGCACCAGAUGGUUAUGGAGCAUUUUAUUGCACUGGUGAAUGUAAUUUCCCUCUCAAUGCUCAUAUGAAUGCGACAAACCAUGCAAUUGUUCAGACAUUGGUACAUUUAAUGAGUCCUGUACUGAUCCCUAAACCAUGUUGUGCACCAACAAAAAUGGCUCAACAAGCAGUACUAUUUUUUUUGGAAGAUAAUAAUGUCAUAUUAAAGAAGUAUAAAAACAUGAUAGUUAAAAGUUGUGGGUGCCAUUAAAAAUUACCCAUUUGGUUUGAACUUAAAGGUCUAUAUUAUAUAAAAAAUAUGAUAUUGAAAAUUAUUUAUAGGAAAUUUUUUUUACUCUAUUGUCUUAAGUUUAUCGUUAACUAUUGUGUAAUUUAACACAGCCUACUAUUGACACAGAUAAAAAAAAGUAAAUGAUUUCUUUAUUAAAUUCUUUAGGGCAUAGUGAUAUACAUAUAUAAAAA